CCCUCAGGCGGACCCAGGCUCAACCCCGUCGGCCGGCCGGUGGCUCCCUCGACGCACGGUUCCCGCCGACCCAGAGCUCCGCGUGCCCCAUGAGGCUGGAGGCCGCAGCCAGGAUGGACGUGUUCAGGAAGCUGUGGAGGGCCAGGAAGCUGAUCGUGGUGGUGUUCAUCCCGCUGUCGUUGCUGCCGCUGCCGCUGGUCCACCCCACCAGCGAAGCGUGCUGUGCGUAUGUGUUGAUGGUGACGGCAGUCUACUGGGUGUCGGAGGCCGUCCCCCUGGGGGCCGCUGCCCUGGUCCCCGCAUUCCUCUACCCCCUCUUUGGCGUUCUCAAGUCCAGCGAGGUAGCAGCAGAGUACUGCAAGGACACCACUCUGCUGCUGAUGGGAGUCAUCUGCCUGGCCGCCUCCAUAGAGAAAUGGAACCUGCACAAACGCAUCGCGCUGCGCAUGGUGAUGAUCGCAGGGGCAAAACCUGGCAUGUUGGUGCUGGGCUUCAUGUGCUGCACGGUCUUCCUGUCCAUGUGGCUCAGCAACACGUCCACCACCGCCAUGGUGAUGCCCAUAGCCGAGGCCGUCCUGCAGCAGCUCAUCUGCACCGGCCUGGCCGACUCCCACGACGACUCGGAGACUGGCGACUCUCCAGAGGAGGACAGCGCUGUUCCAACCAAAGAGGAGAACCUGGACAAGAACCAGCUGGAGCUCCUCUAUCAAAAUGAACAGAAUGAACGUUCCAAACAGGAUCUCUCUUCCAUCACUGAGGGUCAGGCGGGUGAGCUGAACGGGUUCGGUCUCCAGCCCGUCUUGAACAAGACUUUCGUUCGACAAACCAACGGACACCUACCGCAGGUCCGGGACAAAACGCCGUCGCUUCCUCUCAGCGGCUCCACCGCGAGCCGCAGUGUAGAAUUCGGUCGACGCCUUCCUGCGAUUCCUCUGCAGGUUGCCAUAGAGAUCCCAAACGUGAAGCGAGUGCGAGCCAGGAGAGACUCCCAGUACCCCACCAAGAGGGACCACAUGAUCUGCAAAUGCCUGUCGCUCAGCAUCACCUACGCGGCGACCAUCGGAGGACUGAUCACCAUCACCGGGACUUCCACCAACCUCAUCUUCGCCGAGCAGUUCAACACUCGUUACCCGGAGGCGAAGGUCAUCAACUUCGGCACCUGGUUCAUCUUCAGCUUCCCCAUAGCCAUCAUCAUGCUGGUCCUCACCUGGCUCUGGCUGCACUUCCUCUUCCUCGGCUGCAACUUCAGAGAGACGUGUUCGCUGAGUAAGAAGCGCAAAACCAGGAGAGAAGUGAUGUCUGAGCAACGGAUCCAGGAGGAGUAUGCCAAGCUGGGCCCCAUCAGCUACCCCGAGGUGGUGACGGGGAUUUUCUUCAUCCUGAUGACUCUGCUGUGGUUCACCAGAGAGCCCGGCUUCGUGCCCGGCUGGACGUCCCUCUUCGAGAAGAAGGGCUACAGGACCGACGCGACCGUGUCUGUCCUCCUGGGCUUCCUGCUCUUCCUCAUCCCCGCCAGGCGUCCCUUCUCAUCUUCCUCACCCAGCUGCAGUAACUCGGAAGACGGUUCCGAUCCUGACCCUCUGGCCCCCAUGAUCACUUGGAAAGAUUUCCAGAGGUUGAUGCCGUGGGAGAUCGUGAUCCUGGUGGGAGGAGGCUACGCGCUCGCGGCUGGCUGCAAGGUGUCGGGCCUGUCGGUGUGGAUCGGCAGGCAGCUGGAGCCCAUGGGCGGCCUACCGCCCUGGGCCGUCACCCUGCUGGCCUGCCUCCUGGUGUCGGCGGUCACAGAGUUCGCCUCCAAUCCAGCGACUCUCACAGUGUUCCUGCCCAUCCUGUCAGCUCUGUCAGAGACCCUGCUCAUCAACCCCCUCCACACUCUGAUCCCGUCCACCAUGUGCGUGUCAUUUGGGGUUAUGCUUCCAGUGGGGAACCCCCCCAACGCCAUCGUCUUCAGUUACGGCCACGUGAAGAUCAGCGACAUGGUGAAAGCGGGGUUUGGGGUGAACCUGAUCGGCGUCGCCGUGGUUAUGUUGGCCAUCACCACUUGGGGCGUCCCGCUUUUCAACCUGACCGAGUUCCCCGCCUGGGCGGUGGCCAGGAACGUCACCGGAGGUUUAUAACCAACGCCGGGCUGAGGCCCGAGCCAGGAGAGAGGGGUGGAGGCCGGGGGGGGUGAAAUUAGAAAGAGAAGAGUUUUUAUGACAAAAACAAAACAUGACAGAGUCAAAAGGAUCGUCUUACCCAGAAAGAGACAGAGAGAGCCGGCCUUACGGAAAGGAAGACGAGAGAAAACGGCAGAAUGCUAGCUUAGCUAGACUAUUAGCUUCAGUUUAAGUCGGCCAUAUUGUGGUCGCUCUGGGGGGGGAAACUAAACUUCAACAGAUUAACUUUACCUCUGUUGCUACGAAGACACUGAUUCUUUCAAUGAAGCAAUACAAAUUAGAAAGCUAAUUGAGGCAAAUUAAGAGCUCACAUCAUGUCGAUACUUCAAAUAUAUAACAGAACUGAGACGUUUUUUUAUUUGUUUGUUUUUUGUUGUUUUGUUUUUUUUACAAAUCCACUAUGAAUGAAAUGUCUUAAUGUAUUCGUUGUACUCUUGUAGUAAACGCUGCGAUAGUAAUAAGCUAACUAGCCACUUGUUAGAAACCUCUUUUACGCUUUACCUAAAUGUGCAUGGUAGCGUAGCGCAGCGGCUAACCGGUUAAAGCGAGGUUUCGACUGUGGCUACGGAUGUACUGUAUCAAUACACUCACUGAUCAAAACGGUAAAGAGGAACAACCCCGAAGAAACUGGCGUAAUACUGUGGCGGGUGUGUGAUUAAUUUGACCUUUAACACUCUGGUGAUUCGUUCGCAAAAGCUGAUGGUGCUGCAGGCAGUACGGUGGAGCGUUAAAGGCAUCAUCUGUCUGGAGUACAGACGUAACAACAGCAACAGUUUUUAACCUUCAUGAAAUUAUGAUGCAGGCUAGUUAAAUCUGAACUGACAACACACCAGCAUUCUGAUUCAUGCGUUUUUUUACCACUAGAUCAGGUACUGUAAGCUCUCGAAUGAGGUUGAAAUGUUUUGUUUUUUUCGUCGCAAGUUCACAAUUAAUUGUUAGCCUUUCAUUGUGAAGACCAAGAAGUUCUGUCUUAGUCGUAUUGACAUUUUUAACUUCACAGUCCUGCUACUUGCAAUGCUAGCGAAGAUGUCUGAGAAGCCAGCAACAAGUUUAACAGACGGAAUUAACGCCGAUGAUUGCAAACACUCAACUCAAAAUGAGCUAAGCUGCUGGAAAUAUUUAGCAUUUGGUGCUCCCUUGUAGUCCAAAUGUCCAAAUUUACUGAGAGUUGGAGAUGCUGCUUUUGAUGGACAACUCAAAACGCUGGAGCUGUUAUUAUUGGACUUAGCCUUCAGAAAUUGUCCUACAUUUUUUCUUUCCUACUCCUGUGAUCUUCACUCACCAUUUUGUUGUUAGUGAUUAGUUAUCUGCCUGUAGCACAAUCGCUCAGAUUGGGACGCUGCCACUUGUCCACUCAGGGCAUUGGAACCUGGGGCUCCAGAGUCUGAAGUGGUUAUUUGGACCUUCCACAAUGGCUCUUAAUACUUUGGGUAACAAAAAUAAAGAACCAAAAUUUUGUCAUUGUUUUUAAAUAAAAGUUUCUACUGUUUUAAAUGAGGUUUUAAUAGUUUUUUUUUCUCAGUAAUAAAUUUUUACAACAGAAUGACACUAACAGUAGCCAUAAUAUUUUCUUUUUUUUCAUCUUAAAACGACAAAUAAACUGUGGUCCUCUUAGUCUUAAGAGACAUACUAAGCUUGAAUGCACUUUUACAAGUUUUUUCUCUUUUUGUGCGUGUCUUGUUUUGGGAAAUGACGGUCUGACCGGACAAACCUCCCACUUCCCUGCUGCUGACCGUGACAUCUGCUGCGCAACUCUGAGCAUUGCAUUAAAACUGCAGUACGAUCAAACAUAAUGUUUUCCAAAAAUCAUAAGGCGUCUUUUUUUUUUUAAAGGUCAUGUUGCACUUGCAGUUCUGAGUUUUAUUUAGCUGGACUGAAGGCAGAAAUGGAAAGGUAGCUGACCCGUUUUGACCAUCACUAAUCUGCGCAAAUUAUGUCGUCUGAAUGCUUGACUUGGAUCUCGACUGUUUUUCCCAGUGAGUGUAGUCAACCGACGACAUAUGACCAAAUGUUUUUCUUCUUCUGUUUGUAUGUGUGGAUAAACUCUAAUUUGCCACACAAACCAGGGCUUCUUAUCAUGUGACCAAUCAUUUUUUUGCAAAGGUUGUAAAGCUGAUUUGAAGCUUUGCUUUGCACCAAAUGCCUAUUUUUUUCUUUCUUUUGCUUCCUGUUUUAUUCAAAACAUCUAGAAAUGCUUUUUGUGCAUCAAGCCUGGAAUGCAAAAAUGUUGGCUGCCUGUUUUAAACCUGGAUUCAAACCUUAAGCUCAUUGGUGCCUUACUGUGAUGUUGGAAAACCUCUGUUCACGGCUUACAUUCUUAAAUCUGGCACAGUGUUUACUCUGCUUAAGAAAAGAAUGUAUUUCCAGUAGUGAUCCUUAAUUCUUUGCUAAAAGUGAUCUUGAAACUUUGCUUUUUUGUUGUCGUAUUUUUGUCUGUCAGAUCUCAAUGUCCUUAAGAUCGCAGGGAGAAAGAAGUAUUCGGUAGUUGGAUUAGCUCCGUUUUUUUUUUUUUUUUUCCCAAGUUGUAGGAAGUACAUGACUGGAUUAUGUGCAAGAGGAGAAUUUAUGUGAGGCAGCAGAGUCCAUUCAAGCUUUGCUGAAUGGACUCAGUACGGGACUGUAUUGUGCAAUAGUUCAAUCCACUAUAACUAUAAAUCACAAUAACUCUCAUGGUGGCAAAGUGGAAAAGGUUUAUGCAAAACUCUCCAUUGUACUGAGCAGAUAUGCAAAAGAAAUGCUUUAUAUUUUCACAGAAAAAUACAAACUUGAGAUGUCAUUUGUGACUGUUUUGUACAGCCAGAGGCCUUAGAAGUCUGAAUACAGCUACAGUUUUUCUUGUGGUUUGUAGAUUUCUACAGGGUUCCUACAUAUUGACAGGGUCGAAAUUUCAUCUCCAAAGAAGUUCUUGAUCAGGUCCAUUUCAAACGUGGUACUUCCAAAGAUCAAGCUAUGGAAACUUCUAAAUGUGAAGGAUGAUGGACAAAGAUGACGACCUGAGCAUGAGCAGAGGGAUGAUUGAUGGAUAAAUGGCCAGUUUGGGAGAUGAGUGACCGAAAAGGAGGAAUUGUUGAAUCACGGGACGACUGGUCAGAUGGACAGAUGAAUGGCUGGACGAAGUGAUGAGUGGAUUGAUCGGUGUAUGAAAAGUAGGACGAAUGGACUGACCGGACAAAGGGACGGCUUUAUGAAAAAUGGACAGAUUGACGGAUACAUUCGACACCAAGAACUUGUAUCAAACUCCAGCAUGUGGGAACCCCGUUUCUAGCAAUGGUUUCAUUGAAGACCAUUGACCCGAAGGCCACACUCCUUUGUAAAUACACACUGAUUUGUAAUAUAAACACAAUGUGUUUUGUUUUUUUCCUCGUUUCUAAUGACCUGUAACAUUCUCAAAUCAGCUGUUUUAUCCUGAAAGGGUUUUCAUAUCCACCUAUGCACUAGAGUUAGAAAACAAUACACAUGUACGACAAUAAAAGCCAUCAAAAUCA